GACACUGCCAUGGGAUAUAUCAACCUCAUUCUUUCUUUAAUUUGGAUAAGUGAAAUUCUUUCAGUCUCAGCUUUGAAAUGCAAUGUCAAAUAUCACAGAAUUGGAUGUUUCCAAGACGAACAGAAGAAAAUCCGCCCACUCCCUAAAUUACUUUUCAGUGAACGCGAGGGGCCUGACGGCAAGAUUAUUGACUGGCAAAAUUGGGACACAUACAUCGAAGAGGUGGUUUGCCGCUGUGCAAASCAAACAGCACAGAACAAGUUUACGUACUUUGGCAUGCAGUUUUACGGCGAAUGUUGGUCUGGAGAGGGUGCAGGAACAUUUGCUCGUGAUGGMCAAAGUCCACAUUGUGUAACCAAAGGUUUUGAUAAAUGCAAAGCACGGUCCAGUCAGAUUUGUGUAGGAGAGAGUCAUGCUAACUUCGUCUACAUGCUUUCUAGUCAAGAUGGCCAGUGUCAUGUUAAAUAUGAAAAGGACGGUUGUUAUAACAACAAUCAAGGCAAACCUCAUGCAUAUCCUGUAAUGCUGUUUACUGAUAAUGAGCCUGAAUCAAACAAAUACAGCAACAUCAGCACAGGUUUUACUCAUUGGAACUCUUACGUCUUUGACCUUGCAUGUCGAUGCGCUGCUACAGCUAAGCAAAGGRAAUUCCCCGUUUUCAGCUUGCAAAAUUUCGGUGAAUGUUGGGCAGGCCCGAAAAAGGUUGAUGRCACCAAGAAGGAUUCUUGCAUUGGCGAAGACAUUGCUCAGAAAUGCAAACUCGAUCAAGAUGACGUUUGUGUCGGACGAAAGGAAUCAAACUUUGUUUUUAGAAUUCUUUAAGACAAUGUUGUUAUACAGAGCCAAUAAAUGCUAAUGCUACUCUUAGAAUUGUUGGACGUCACAUGAUUGACAGUCUAGCCAUUUUUCGAAUUGCUUUGUAUAAAGGCGUUAUAUAGAGGAUAUUACAUGGGYGCGCGGAGAUACGGAUUUUAUCUUGAAAAGAUCUUGAAGAGAUU